UUCACGCAUCAUAGACUUCCACCAGCCCACUGGUACUGCUGGCACCCACCCCCUGCUGUUUGAUUGGAUCAAACAGUACUUCUGUCAGUCCAGCAGGAGCAACAGACUGCCCCCCAAACUCAUCCAGACCGGCCUGCCCCCACUUUACCUGCAACACCAAGGUCAUAGCCGCACUGUUGUGGGUUUGGAGCAGAAAAAAAAAGGAAGCUUCUGCCUCCUGGUCCUGGAUCCUGGUUCUUCUGUGUCGGACAGCAGGAAGUUGCUGAGAAGGGACACCUGGUCCACAGGGGUCCGUCUUAUCAGGAAGUUCCCCCACAGCCUAAAGCACCGACAGUACCAGCUGGUAUCAGUGCAGGGUGUUCUGUCUCCAGAAGACAAACAGAUGAAAAUCUUAAAUUCCAGGACAUUAAGAGCUGAAAGGAUCCCAUGAACCUUAUCUCCUCCUUUCCAGCUAACAUAUUGUUGAUUUUAUCUUGUGUUUUUGCUAAUAAAAGUAAUUUGAAACAGUGUUUUUUUUGCAACAGUUAUUUGUUAACGUCCAUGUAAACAUCAAACAACUUUGUCAACCAGACUUCUAACCUUGUACAUUUUUAAACUUCUGUAAAAAAAUUUUAAUCUUCUGCAUUAACUGUUUAUUUCUUUAUAAAUAGUUCUAAAAGAUAGUGUGUUCAUUUGUCAAAUCAGUUUGAAUUAAAUUCUGUAUGAGAGAGUAACUUAUGGAAAUGUGCGCCUCCAUGUUUUUGGAAAAACUUGAGUUUUUAUCUGUCUGUAUUCAUGCAAAGUUAAUAAAUUUCAUGUAAUUUA